AUGGCGUGCAUUGAAGACGCCAACAUCUCGAGCCUCCAGGGCCUUCAAAGCCAUCUUGCUUUCAAAUAUGUAUUCUCUUCGAACCAGAUCUUUACAGACUUACAGAUAGCUGUGAAAACGCACAAACCAAAUGAUGCCGACCGUCGUUACGAGCUUUCUUUUGUCGACAGCGCAUCAUACCAACGCGAUAGCUCGUGGCUCAUCUUCUUCAAUAUCGGUGUCGCUCGUUCGCUAUCAAACCGCCCAACCACUCGCACCCCUUAUCCAAAAGACUCUAAUCGCCUUCGCAGGGAUUCGCUGAUGGCGGCCGCAUGCUCUUUUUCCCUGGCUCAAUGGGCACCCAUCGCAAUUCCCACCGCCAUGUCAACAACUCACAGCGGAGCAAACACUACUGCAAACACAUCCAAUCCUGAUCUUGUAUCACCUAGCUCCAUGCUUCUUGACACAUUUCGCAAGGAGCCCGCCUGUCCACAUUAUAACAAGGACAUAAUUGGCUUGAAGCCUGAUCAUGAGGACCUUGCGAUUCACCUUCUGUCAGACGCAUUUGCAGUUCCUCGACACAACCCAGUAUCCUCUAUCGGCAACAGUAUCGAUGGAGAUAACGAGAUUGCUGAUCUCAACUUUAUGCAUAGCGUCUUGAUGCGAAAGGGUGCUGAGGAUGCCGAGAUCGCUUCACUGCCGCAGGUCGACGAUUUCGUGGAUGACAAACUUCCUGAUGGUAGUCUGCGUAUCUUAAAAGAGUACAACAAUGCGUACAUGAAGCAUCAGACCGGAAUACUGGCUUUUCACCUCGGGGCAGUCAAUCCUGAACUCAAGCUCGAGUUCGCAUACGCUGCAGAAGCCACGUCUGGGCACCACAAGAUGCUCUCCAAAAAGUUCGAAGAGAUAUUCUUAAACCCCAAAUGUGCCGAAUAUACCUCGGAGAUGAUGCAAGACUCGCAGGACCAGAACCACUCGCUGGUGUUGAUUGAGGACUUGGACGAACUACCACUGCCACACGUGGAAGCCAACAUAGUGCCACUCACUAAAGCGGAUCUGAUUGUUCGCGUUCAAUUCAGUAAUGAUGAGCAUGUCGUCUUCGUCGAAGAGGUUUCGGUCCGUGAUGAUUUGCCUGAGGAUCCAUAUCUUUUCUCAUCUUGCGAAGCUGGAAGGAAAGCGGCCGAAGCUCUGAAGUUGUACCAACAGGACAAUGAGCAGAUCACAGACAAGGUCCAGCUUGACGAAAUCGAGCACCCAAAACAGGAGACUAUCUCAUCGGCUGCUAAACAGCUAAAAGAGUCCAAUCGUCAUUUGCACGAGAAUUCUGGACAGAAUGACUUCUUCUUAGCAUGGACUUUGGUGAAACUAGAGAAUUUGCGUGCGCCCAACCCUGACGAAUUCUGGUGGGCAUACCACCAUCAACCGCAUGAUGUUGAUUGGGGCAGCGGUAUUCUUGACAACCGAGAAAACGUCCCCGCUCGCUUCGGACUCGAGGGCCCAGACAUCCUUCAGGUUUGGCGAGAGGUCUUUGAAAAAGCCAACUUGGACCCCAUAGAUCUGUUCUCCACAGGACUUCUGCCAUGCGAGGAUGACUUUGGCGACGAUCCCGAAUACAUGCAGGCCAAACUGCUGUGGUGGAAGCAGAAGAUGGGAAUCGAUGGCAUCGAAGCCAUACUUCGCUACCACAUUGGUCAUGUCCGUGGACUGCGGCUUCCUGAUACACUGGAGCACUUCCUUACCGACGAAGAGGAAGCAUGGCUAAAUCCGAUCCCAAUUCAACGCCCAUACUUGUAUAUUCCGAGCGCGAAGCGAGUGUUCGAUGGUCUACAUGCGCAACCUGUUGAUCCGGCCAAAGGAGGUUUCGUGGUAGUAAGCUGGCUGGACGAGGUCAAUCAAGAGGAACUUAUUCCAGACAAUCGAUUCGAGCAAGACAAUGAGCAGCUGAGGAAGCUCAUCGAGGACAGCGAUGGAUCCCUAGUAAAAUAUGACUGGGACUUUUGCUGGCGCUUCGCUUACAAUGCCCUGAUGGAGUACCAGGACUCGAUCGAGCUGUAUGCAGAGCCACAUUGCCGCAUCGAGAAUUGGGCGCGUCCGAUGUAUUUGGAUGAGCACGAGAACACAUCCAAUACUCCAGCAAAGUGCAUUCUAGCACAGGGGGAUUUGAGCGGGACAGUAAAGUCAUUGCAUCCUCCAGGCCUAAACAUCUCCUCAUCGGAACAAGAGUGCAACUUGAAUGCUCUUAUGGAUGUUGUUGUAACAACCGUCCCUGCUGACAUACAAAUGAAGAUGUCUGCAUUAUCAGAAUGUCAUAACCAACCUCUGGUAGAUCAAGAUAGGCACAAGCCCACUCCGGAAGAUAGUGCUGCGCUUCACGCCUUCUUACAGCGUGUCGCAUCUGAGCCUCUUCUAGCUUUAUCCGACUUAUCCACGAUCAAUAAGCCAAAAGAACAGCUUGUUCAGAUCGCAACGCAGCACGAACCGACAACAGCAUCGAGGCUUUCAAACCACGAAAAGAGCGUGCUCAUAAGCAUUUUGAACAAUUUUGCAUCACACAAUAGUUCACGUCUAGUCCCUUUCGACCCCGAAUUGCCUUCUUACUGUGGUGGUGGUGUUCCAUUAGAUGAGCCAGAUGCUCUCACACUCCGAGGGUUGCUGCCCUACAAUUUGGGGACUCGUUUGGACUUGACGCUAUUCUCCCGACCUCGAAACAAUGUGGAGAACAACCUCAUGGCCUAUCUCAGACCAUAA